AUGGGCCGGUUCGCGUGGAUUCUCAUCGCGCUCUUCGCCCUCCUAUCAGCUACGUCCACGUCAGCGCUUGUCUUCACGCUGCUCAAACGCGAGUGCUUCCAGCAUUUCGUGCCGAAAGGCGGCGAGACCGUCCACGUGUCGUUCGUCGUGAUCAAAUCAGAUUACAACUGGGGAGGCGGGGAGCAGGCGAAAAUCGAUUUAACGGUGGAGGACCCAAGGGGCCACGUGCUGCGCAAGAUAGAGGCGAGGACGGACGACAACUUCAUGGUCACUGCUGCCGUUGACGGCUUCUUCAAGUUCUGCUUUACGACUGACUCCGCUGUGCACGAAUCCGUGGCGUUCGAUGUGGAGAACGGCCACCCAAUCACCACUGAACACGUGGCAAAGAAUGAUCAAAUCGAGCCACUGGUGAAGGAGGUGCAUCGGCUGCAGAGGGAGGUGAUGCGCACCAAGCAUGAGAUCCACUACUCCUUCUACCUCGCCGAGCAGCAUGCAGAGGGUGAGUGGCAUUGUGGCAGUGCUUCUGGGGUUUUUCUAGGUAGCACGGGUUGGUUUGAGGGGUGGAUGGGCAUGAUUGCAGCACGAGGAGGGAGGGAGGUGAUGCGCACCAUGGAUGGGAUCCACUACUCCUUCUACCUCGCCGAGCAGCAUGCAGAGGGUGAGAGAGUGAGAAUGACUGGCCAUGCUCCUGCCUAUGCUCGUACCUAUGCUCCUUCCUAUGCUCGUACCUAUGCUCGUGCCUAUGCUCGUACCUAUGUUCGUGCCUAUACUCGUACCUAUGCUUGUACCUAUGUUCGUGCCUAUGCUCGUACCUAUGCCUAUGCCUAUGCUCGUACCUAUGCUCAUGCCUGUGCUCGUCGUACCUAUGCUGGUGCCUAUGCUUGUACCUAUGCUCGUACCUAUGCUCGUGCCUGUGCUCGUACCUAUGCUCGUGCCUGUGCUUGUACAUAUGCUCCUGCCUAUGCUCGUACCUAUGCUCGUACCUAUGCUCGUGCCUGUGCUCAUCGUACCUAUGCUCGUACCUGUGCUCAUACCUAUGCUCGUACCUAUGCUCGUACCUAUGCUCGUGCCUAUGCUCGUACCUAUGCUCGUACCUAUGCUCAUGCCUAUGCUCGUACCUAUGCUCGUACCUAUGCUCGUACCUAUGCUCGUACCUAUGCUCGUACCUAUGCUCGUGCCUGUGCUCGUAUCUAUGCUCCUGCCUAUGCUCGCACCUAUGCUCCUGCCUAUGCUCGUACCUAUGCUCCUGCCUAUGCUCGUACCUAUGCUCAUACCUAUGCUCCUGCCAUGCUCGUACCUAUGCUCGUGCCUAUGCUCGUACCUAUGCUCGUGCCUGUGCUCGUACCUAUGCUCGUGCCUGUGCUCGUACCUAUGCUCCUGCCUAUGCUCGUACCUAUGCUCGUACCUAUGCUCGUACCUAUGCUCGUACCUAUGCUCGUGCCUAUGCUCGUACCUAUGCUCGAACCUAUGCUCGUGCCUAUGCUCGUACCUAUGCUUGUACCUAUGCUCGUACUUAUGCUUGUACCUAUGCUCGUACCUAUGCUCGUACCUCUGCUCGUGCCUGUGCUCGUAUCUAUGCUCCUACCUAUGCUCGUACCUAUGCUCCUGCCUAUGCUCUUACCUAUGCUCGUACCUAUGCUCGUACCUAUGCUCGUGCCUGUGCUCGUGCCUAUGCUCGUGCCUGUGCUCGUACCUAUGCUCCUGCCUAUGCUCGUACCUAUGCUCGUACCUAUGCUCGUACCUAUGCUCGUACCUAUGCUCGUGCCUAUGCUCGUACCUAUGCUUGAACCUAUGCUCGUGCCUAUGCUCGUACCUAUGCUUGUACCUAUGCUUGUACUUAUGCUUGUACCUAUGCUCGUACCUAUUCUCGUACCUCUGCUCGUGCCUGUGCUCGUAUCUAUGCUCCUGCCUAUGCUCGCACCUAUGCUCGUGCCUAUGCUCGUGCCUGUGCUCGUACCUGUGCUCGUACCUAUGCUCGUGCCUAUGCUCGUACCUAUGCUCGUACCUAUGCUCGUACCUAUGCUCCUACCUAUGCUCGUACCUAUGCUCGGACCUAUGCUCGUGCCUGUGCUCGUAUCUAUGCUCUUGCCUAUGCUCGCACCUAUGCUCCUGCCUCAGCUCGUGCCUGUGCUCGUACCUAUGCUCGUACCUAUGCUCGUGCCUGUGCUCGUAUCUAUGCUCCUGCCUAUGCUCGUACCUAUGCUCGUACCUAUGCUCGUGCCGGUGCUCGUACCUAUGCUCGUACCUAUGCUCGUACCUAUGCUCGUACCUAUGCUCGUACCUAUGCUCGUACCUAUGCUCAUGCCUAUGCUCGUACCUAUGCUCGUACCUAUGCUCGUACCUAUGCUCGUACCUAUGCUCGUACCUAUGCUCGUGCCUAUGCUCCACCUAUGCUCGUACCUAUGCUCGUAUGCUCGUGCCUAUGCUCGUACCUAUGCUCGUACCUAUGCUCGUGCCUAUGCUCGUACCUAUGCUCGUCCCUAUGCUCGUACUUAUGCUCGUACCUAUGCUCGUACCUAUGCUCGUGCCUGUGCUCGUAUCUAUGCUCCUACCUAUGCUCGCACCUAUGCUCGUGCCUAUGCUCGUGCCUGUGCUCAUACCUAUGCUCGUGCCUGUGCUCGUCGUACCUAUGCUCGUGCCUAUGCUUGUACCUAUGCUAGUACCUAUGCUCGUGCCUGUGCUCGUACCUAUGCUCGUGCCUGUGCUUGUACCUAUGCUCCUGCCUAUGCUUGUACCUAUGCUCGUACCUAUGCUCGUGCCUGUGCUCAUCGUACCUAUGCUCGUACCUGUGCUCGUACGUAUGCUCGUACCUAUGCUCGUACCUAUGCUCGUACCUAUGCUCGUACCUAUGCUCGUACCUAUGCUCGUGCCUAUGCUCGUACCUAUGCUCGUACCUAUGCUCGUGCCUAUGCUCGUACCUAUGUUCGUACCUAUGCUCGUACCUAUGCUCGUACCUAUGCUCGUGCCUGUGCUCGUAUCUAUGCUCCUGCCUAUGCUCGCACCUAUGCUCCUGCCUAUGCUCGUACCUAUGCUCCAGCCUAUGCUCGUACCUAUGCUCAUACCUAUGCUCAUACCUAUGCUCGUACCUAUGCUCGUGCCUAUGCUCGUACCUAUGCUCGUGCCUGUGCUCAUACCUAUGCUCGUGCCUGUGCUCGUACCUUUGCUCCUGCCUAUGCUCGUACGUAUGCUCAUACCUAUGCUCGUACCUAUGCUCGUACCUAUGCUCGUGCAUGUGCUCGUACCUAUGCUCGUGCCUGUGCUCGUACCUAUGCUCGUGCCUGUGCUCGUGCCUAUGCUCGUACCUAUGCUCCUGCCUAUGCUCAUACCUAUGCUCGUACCUAUGCUCGUACCUAUGCUCGUACCUAUGCUCGUACCUAUGCUCGUACCUAUGCUCCUCGUACCUUUGCUCGUACCUAUGCUCCUUCCUAUGCUCGUACCUAUGCUCGUACCUAUGCUCGUGCCUAUGCUCGUUCCUAUGCUCGUGCCUGUGCUCGUACCUAUGCUCAUGCCUAUGCUUGUACCUAUGCUCGUACCUAUGCUCGUACCUAUGCUCGUGCCCGUGCUCGUACCUAUGCUCGUGCCUGUGCUCGUACCUAUGCUCGUACCUAUGCUCGUACCUAUGCUCGUACCUAUGCUCGCACCUAUGCUCGUACCUAUGCUCGUACCUCUGCUCGUACCUAUGCUCGUACCUAUGCUCGUACUUAUGCUCGUGCCUGUGCUCGUACCUAUGCUCGUACCUAUGCUCGUGCGUGUGCUCGUAGCUAUGCUCGUACCUAUGCUCGUGCCUGUGCUCGUCGUACCUAUGCUGGUGCCUAUGCUUGUACCUAUGCUCGUACCUAUGCUCGUGCCUGUGCUCGUAUCUAUGCUCCUGCCUAUGCUCGCACCUAUUCUCCUGCCUUUGCUCGUUCCUGUGCUCGUACCUAUGCUCGUACCUAUGCUCGUGCCUGUGCUCGUACCUAUGAUCGUGCCUAUGCUCGUACCUAUGCUCGUACCUAUGCUCGUACCUAUGCUCGUGCCUGUGCUCGUAUCUAUGCUCGUUCCUAUGCUCGUACCUAUGCUCGUACCUAUGCUCGUACCUAUGCUCGUACCUAUGCUCGUACCUCGUACCUAUGCUCGUACCUAUGCUCGUGCCUGUGCUCGUACCUAUGCUCGUGCCUGUGCUCGUACCUAUUUCUCGUGCCUGUGCUCGUACCUAUGCUCGUACCUAUGCUUCUGCCUAUGCUUGUACCUAUGCUCAUACCUAUGCUCGUACCUAUGCUCGUACCUAUGCUCGUACCUAUGCUCGUACCUAUGCUCGUACCUAUGCUCGUACCUCGUACCUAUGCUCGUACCUAUGCUCGUGCCUGUGCUCGUACCUAUGUUCGUGCCUGUGCUGGUACCUAUGCUCGUGCCUGUUCUCGUACCUAUGCUCGUACCUAUGCUCCUGCCUAUGUUUGUACCUAUGCUCGUAACUAUGCUCGUACCUAUGCUCGUACCUAUGCUCGUACCUAUGCUCGUACCUAUGCUCGUACCUAUGCUCGUGUGUGUACUCAUACCUAUGCUCGUACCUAUGCUCGUGCCUGUGCUCGUAUCUAUGCUUCUGCCUAUGCUCGCACCUAUGCUCCUGCCUAUGCUCGUGCCUGUGCUCGUACCUAUGCUCGUACCUAUGCUCGUGCCUUUGCUCGUACCUAUGCUCGUGCCUAUGCUCGUACCUAUGCUCGUACCUCAGCUCGUGCCUAUGCUCGUUCCUAUGCUCGUGCCUAUGCUCGUACCUAUGCUCGUACCUACGCUUGUACCUAUGCUCGUACCUAUGCUCGUACCUAUGCUCGUACCUAUGCUCGUUCCUAUGCUCGUGCCUGUGCUCGUACCUAUGCUCGUACCUAUGCUCGUGCCUGUGCUCGUAUCUUUGCUCCUGCCUAUGCUCGCACCUAUGCUCCUGCCUAUGCUCGUGCCUGUGCUCGUACCUAUGCUCGUACCUAUGCUCGUUCCUGUGCUCGUACCUAUGAUCGUGCCUAUGCUCGUACCUAUGCUCGUACCUAUGCUCGUACCUAUGCUCGUGCCUGUGCUCGUAUCUAUGCUCGUACCUAUGCUCGUACCUAUGCUCGUACCUAUGCUCGUACCUAUGCCACUUUUCCAGGAAAUCCUGGCCAAGACAUGUACUCUCAUCUGCUCCUGUGCUUGCACCCUCCCGCCCUCCCGUACUUGCUGUGCAUAAGUGUGUUCAAGUGGACAGCACAGAGAAUUUUCGACACGCCAGUUGCCACAGGCAGGCACUAUGACCUGUGCUCUCUCGGACAAGUGGACGGCACAGAGAUGGACAAGUGGACGGCGCAGAGAGUUCUCGCCAAGGCAGCUGCCACAGGAAGGCAUCACGACUUGUGCUCUCUGUGUGCUCCCCCACCCUCCCUCCUCGCCACCCCUCCCCCUUCAGUGGACAAGUGGACGGCACAGAGAGUUCUCGCCAAGGCUGUGCUACAGGCGGGUGCACUCAUAACGUGUGGGAUCAUACAAGUGUGCCUGCUGCAGCGGCUCUUUGAAAAGAGGCUCAAGAUGAGCCGCGUGUAA